AUGCAAAGUGUGUUGACGCUCCACCCUCGCGGUGACAUGACGAGCUCGUGGUGGGCGGCUGCGGCAGCUAUGGCCGCGGUGACUUUCUUCACGGUCGGUGGGAACGCUGCUGUGCUGGUGGCGCUGAAGAGAGUUAAUCGCGCCCCAGCACACUAUCCCUUGGCGAGCUUAGCGACCGCAGACUUGCUUCUCGGUCUACUAGUGCUGCCAAUAGCAGCCGCCAGGGAAUUGUUCGUCUUUCAUUUGAACUGGGCAAUAUGUUCCUGUUGGAGCACCUUGGAUGUCCUAUGCUGCACCGCCUCUAUCCUCUCCAUCUGCACCCUAGGGUGGGAGAGAUUCUGCGGCAUCACCGCUCCGUUAGCUCGUGCACAGAGAGCAAAGACCGCUAGACUCUUGGCUGCACUGAUCUGGCCCGUGGCGACAACAAUCGCUAUACCGACUGCCUUCAUUCCUUCGCCGAAGCAUUUUCUACCUGGAGAAAUAGCUAAGGCUUGUACUGUUAACACUAAUUCUAGUUACGUAUUCGUCAGUAUUUUCUUUUCGUUUUAUCUUCCCGCAAGUGUGAUGGUUGUUCUUUAUGCCCGGAUACUGCGAGCUCUGGCGGCACCGCCCUCAAUCAGGUUCCAUCGUGGCCAGGUCACAAACAAUGUUGAAAAAGUCAUCCCCGAUGCUGUCGUGGUAAAUGUGGACAGCGUUACUCCUGCAGAUGAAUCACAAGAGAAUCAUAAAGUACCCAAGAGCAUAGUGGUACCACCUUCUCCAAAAACCGGCCAUUUCAUGAUACCCUCGUCGGAAACGGUACGUGCCAUAACUUCUCCUUUAAAGAGACUCAAAUUUCCGGUCGCGGGUAUAAUAUCGCGCCAACGUCGUGCCACCCGGACCAUCGUGAUGCUGAUGUCACUGUUCCUACUGUGCUGGACGCCGUUCUUCGUGAUGCUUCCCGUAGAUUCUAUAUGCGAGUGCGUCAGAGAUGCCGCGUGGUUGUGGUGCACUUGGCUUGGGUACACGAACUCGGCUCUCAAUCCGCUGGUCUACGCGGCCUCCUCCCCGGCGGUCAGUCGGGCCCUCCACGCCUCCCUCACCACCACUACAUGCACCAGAACUACGGAUGUUACUCGUACUCCUUUACCGAGAAGAACAUGA